UACAGAAAUCUUAAUGAUAAUACAUAUGGACAAGCGUCAUUUUGGACAAAGGGUAGUCAUGUAUGUAUAUAAUAUGAGUCCUUUUCUGUCCUUGGGUGUAUACACAGAUAGCCUGUGUUAUCAAAUGCCCUGUGGUGUGUUUGGCAGAUGACACAAUAGCAGUUUAUGUAAGCUGUUAGAGGCAAUGGAAAAAGUAUCAUGUUUGUGGUUGAGGUAGCUGUCUCCAUCGUCAGCAUUUUGUCUUCUAUCCAUGUUAAUUCGAGGGGUAUUGUGGUGACAUAAAAAGAGAGAGAAUAGGCACAGGUUGGGCAUUUUGUUUUUAAUGACCUGCGGCUUAUCCAACUACUGUAGAGAGAGACAUCUUUGACAUGUCCCUUUAAUAAAAAAAGAGAAAAACACACAUCUUGGUCAGUAUGUAGUGGACAGCCAGGCACUGGCAUUGACCAUAAGUGGACGGAAUAAGAAGAUCCUGGAAGCAAUCAUGUGGUUGAAAAGAAGUUAAAAAGAGAAUUUUACAGGGAAAAAAAAAAGAGCCAAGGAAUAAAGAUAUAUCACAAGGAGAAAAGAUAAUCUACUACUGUAAAAGUGUGGUGUCCAGAAACCCCAUGAAAAACAUAUUUUGAUACACAAGGAAAAUUAGCUGAAAUUCAGACUCCCGAUUAGCGGAAUUAUACCAGAAAAUUGCUAUCUUGGAAUCGCAAAGAAGAAAUUUGGAAAUCUGACCUAGAACAGAGAAACUUCUCUACAAAAAAUUAUUUUUUUGAAACCUCAUAAAAAUUUAUAAAUAGAAGUUGCAUCUAACAAGUAGGAGACAAGGAGAUUUUGAUACCAGCUGUAACCUGGUCAACCUUGAUGGGAAUUUGGAGUGAAAAAAAAUAACACUUGAGGCUUGCUAAAAUAUUUGACUACAGUAUACAGCGCCAUCUAGAACACUGGGGACCACCACAUCGCCUCCGCCCCUGCCAGCCACUCAGGGCAGCCCCCAAAUGCUUGAUGCCAUGGAGAUGGAUACCAUAGUCGCAGUUUCUAUAGGGAUACUGGCCACCAUUUUUGUCGGGUCCCUGGUCUGCCUGAUUAUCGUGUGCAGACACAAGUACUGCCGUCGCGUGGAUUUACUCUCCAGGCAGCACACGGAGAACAGACCUGAUGUCCAGCUUGUCGACGCCAUGGAGGGAAAUGACAACAACGGCACCGACCUUGAGCUGGACGAUGUCCGUCUCACUCACCCAAACAUAGAAGAGAUUUUGCAGGACGAUAUCUGGGUUAAUGAUGCCACAGGACUGGUCCCACACUGCAUCGCCAUACUGAAAACCUGUCACCUGCUGACCGACAAACUGGUUGCCAUGACAAUGAGAAAUGGCGGCUCCAUGCGGUCCCCGGAGACGUUAACGGAUAUAGUGGCCAUUGCUAAGAGGAUAUCUCCCCGCGUAGACGCAGUGGUCAGGUGUAUGUACCCGCCUCUUGACCCUAGACUUCUGGAGGCAAGGUGCACAGCCUUGGUCCUAUCGGUCACCCACCUGGUCCUGCUGACCAAGAAUGGCUGCAGGAUGACCGGUGUUCUGGACUGGAUAGAGCAGUCCCUGGCUGAGGUGGAAGAACACUUGCAGGUUCUGAGAGAGGCCAGCCAUCAGUGUGACACCACCCGCGCUCCGUCCAACUCAGACACAUCAGGCGACAGCCAGGAACCUCUCAAUAAUCCCAGAAUGCACCAGUCUGGUCCCGGGCCAGAUGUCGCCUCUGUGGCGCAAAACCAACUUCAACAACAGCAGCAGCAAGUACAACAGCAGCAGAAUCAACAACAGCAGCAACAUCAUCAGGCACCUUCACAGCAGCAACCGCAGCAGAAUGAAUCUUCUAGUGUGCUGUAAGAAAGAUAGGAGGCAGCAGUGCAGGUGCAGCAACCUUGUUGUUUUAUCUUGCUGAAGCUUUUGAAAAAAGUUGUUCUGUCUUCAAAUGAGUGAUGGAGGUUCUGGUCUUGAAGUGACCUAAAAUAUCAUUGAGCUUUUUUAAAAAUUGAAGAAAUGUAUCCCCAGUAGUAGAAAUGAAUGCAUCUCUGAUUCAGAUAGGAUGAUAUAGUGGAAUUGCAGUCUUGCGACAGUUUAUCAGAGACAGCAUUUUGUGUGAAUAAUUUUGCAUAUCUUAUUGGACUUACAAGAAAGAAAAAACAUCAAGUUGCAAGAAUUCAAAAGACUUUUUGGGCAUGGGGAAUAUUAUGUUGUCUGGAAGCUGUGAAUGUUCACUAGCUACGAAUGGUUUGACCCUAGUGCUAUCACAGAAAAUGAGCCCAUGAACAAUUUGGAGUAUUCAGUGGUGUAAUUUUCAUUCCUGUUUGACGUGAUCUUAUGGGUAUAGGAAAAAAAA